UACGUCGCAGAGUGGCGGUGUCGAGGUUUGCGCGACGAAAGGUUUUUGCCAGAAGUGGGAAGAGGCGAGAGCAGUGUUGCACUACACAGGGGUUUUCAAGUUUAGGGCUGGGGGUGGUGAUUGUUGCUCGGAGGCGCUUGGGUGAAUACGGUCCCCCGCUUUGCUGGAAGAGGCUGGAACGCUCUCGGAGGUGUAUCCUGUGCUUUACCUGACUGGGGACUCCAAAUCUAGUUCUGUCGUUUUCAACUUAAACAGAUAAACAUGGAGGCACCUCCAGUCACAAUGAUGCCUGUCACGGGGGGCACCAUUAACAUGAUGGAGUACCUGCUGCAGGGAAGUGUUUUAGAUCACAGCUUGGAAAGCCUCAUCCACCGCCUUCGUGGUUUAUGUGACAACAUGGAACCCGAGACUUUUGUUGACCACGAGAUGGUAUUCCUCCUUAAGGGCCAGCAGGCGAGUCCAUUUGUUCUAAGGGCCCGACGCUCUCUGGAUAGGACAGGGGCACCCUGGCAUCUUCGCUACCUGGGGCAGCCAGAGAUGGGAGACAAGAACCGCCAUGCCCUGGUGCGUAACUGCGUGGACAUUGCAACAUCUGAGAACCUCACUGACUUCCUCAUGGAGAUGGGCUUUCGCAUGGACCACGAGUUUGUUGCCAGGGGACACUUGUUCCGGAAAGGCAUCAUGAAGAUCGUGGUGUACAAGGUCUUCCGCAUCCUGGUGCCAGGGAACACGGAAAACACUGAGGCCUUGUCACUGUCCUAUCUCGUGGAACUAAGUGUUGUUGCACCAGCUGGGCAGGACGUGGUCUCUGAUGACAUGAGGAACUUUGCGGAGCAGCUGAAACCUCUGGUUCACCUAGAGAAAAUAGACCCCAAAAGGCUCAUGUGACUAAGACAAUCUGUCCACCACUGGGGCUGGUUCUCAGCUGUUACAAGAAAAGAUGUUAUAAUUGCCCCAUUUCACCACUGCCAGCCAUGUAUUCUUCCCUCAGGAUGGAAAUCAGUGAGAACUCAGUUGGUUCUUUGCCCUGGUUUCCUCAUAUGGCCAGUUCACUUUUGUGACAGCCUUUCUAACUUAAACGCUAAGAAUAACAUAGAGAAUCUAGAUCAUCCUUCUGCAGGAAGAGGGGAAACUGGAAUAAAGUAGUUUUGGGGAAGAAAACUUUUUGUGUAUAAGGUUUGUAAAAUAGAAACCAAGUUUGUAUUGUGCAGUAAUAAAAGCUGUAAGGAGAAA